CUCGCGUGAGCGUCGAUCUCCACGUGUCUCAUCGCAAUGAGCGCUGUACAGUUGUCUCAGGUCUAUACUAGGAUAUCAUCAAACCAGAUUAAUGACGUGUCAAAGAAGUACAACAGAUUUCUCUGGGAUGUUGUAUUCAGAUAUUUUACUCUUCUAGGAAUCACUCUGGUCGCCAUCGGUCUCGGAGAAGAGUUCUUUCUCGAACGCGGUCUUGCUUGCAACACACCCGAACAAGUAAACCGCGAUCAGUACAGAUUUGUUGUCCUCUGGUGUUCCAGACACGUGAGACAAAUCGAUCUGUUACCACUGCUCAUACUCGCACAGGCUUUGCUGAUUGUGGCUCCGCAAGUGUUAUGGGACGUAUACUCUGCUUCAUAUUUUCAACAGUUUUUCUCUCUCACACCAAGACUGGAGCGUCUAAGAUCAAAAGAAACAGGAGACUAUGACGUCGACACGACUCGUACUGUUAAACAUCUGAGACAAAAGUACGAAGGAAAACUUCAUCUUUGGACAUUUUAUCAUUGCAAACUCAUUUUUCAAAUUAUUGUCACUUGGCUUUGGAUUGCUGUAAUGUUGGGUGUGUACAGGGGACAGUCAACGUUUGACAUCGACUUUGUAUGCUCUGAAGUUCCAUCUCAAGUCUACAAUUUGAAUAUGUCUAGCACAACUGUGCAAUGCACGUACACAACAGCCGAGGCUUUCUAUCCUUUGUGGAUAGCUGACAUCACGUUGCUAUUGAUUGCGGCAGUGUUUGGCAUUUAUGGAUUUGUCUGGCUUAAACGUAGACAUUGGAAAGAACUUGAUCACCAAGGAAAUGCUGAUUUCUGCUAUAAAUUUUGUAUGACCAGACACCAGUACAAUCCUGACAAUUCUCAUAAAUCCAUGCAAACAAUGAAAGACGAUCUUGAUUUUUUGACGUUGGUGCAGUUUAAUUCCGAUAGAGGUCAAGGAGAAUCUUUGUAUGAUGUACAAGUUGACUUAGACUUGCAAACAAAAUGGGCUGACGAUUAUGAAAAAUACUACAACAGACUGCAGCUGUUGAAAUCUAGAAAUGCUACCAAUCAGUCAGAGACAAAUGAUGAUGAACACGGACAAGAGGCAAACAAUUUCAUGGAAGAUUGCUUAGAGAAUGUUACAAAAGAAAGAAAAUUAUACGAAUGUUCACUUCAUUUGUUUUGCGGUUCAAAAGGUUGCACACUUGCACUUGCAAACAUCAGUAAACAGACUUAUGCGGUUGAUUUUAACCCCUUUCAGUGUCUCAAAUCAAAACGUAAACCUGUCGCAAGUGAUGUGACAGAAUCUGGUGAGUCUGGUGGAAUAAAUGUCAUUGAACAGAAUUUUCAGAACAUUUGUCAUCUGCGAGUUCCUGUCGAUAUUACCAGCAUGACAGGGGAGGAAACUGCAGAGUUGUCCAAGAGAUUGCAGAAAGUUCCAGGAACUCCAGGAAACAGUGGGGGUAUUUGCUAUGAUUUGGUAUUUGUCAAUUGCUUGGAGACACAUUUUCGCGCCAGCACAGCCAGAGUUGUAUUAGAUUUGCUGCAGCGAAGCUUUGGAGACAAUUGUAUCAUUCUUGUUUGCAGUCCAAAUGAAGAACUUCCCUCAGAAAUAAUGAAAGAUAUAAAAACUAUUUGUGUAGAUCCUUCUCCUGAAAUUCGACGAAAGACUUUGGACAAAUGUAAAAUUAAAGUUUGUCUGCAUCGGUAUGAAGUCGCUGGAGGACAACAUCGCAACAAUGAAGGCGAUCAGACUAAUAAGAAUACAAAUCAUCCCGACAUGCUAAACAACGGUUUUUCUACAGAAGAAUCUCUACGCGAAACUAGUCUCUGAAUGAUCAAUCGCAUCAACUAGAUAUACAAUUGCGUUCUAGAUAAGCUGUAUACUAUACAAGUUUGCGAGAGACUUUAGAGAACUUGGUGUAUCAAGCGUAGUUUUAGUUAAAAACUGCAUCUUCGUACACAGGGAAGUCAGGAAUCUCACGCAGCAUUAAUUGGUGGUCUGCACAGUCGGCUAAAA